AUGACUCCGCGGGCCUUGUUUGAGAUGGUGAAGGAUGACCAGAACUGGGCUGUAUUACUGGACGAUCCAUCAGGGCAAUUUGGCAAAGGUGAUAUCAUCGACGUUCGCUACCAAAAGUAUUUGGCCGAGGUGGUGCCCAUCAUGGUGAGCCACGACGUGAGUUUCAAGACAGCUGUGGAUAUGCUGGCAAAUAAAGCAGGUAAGGCACAAGGCUCACAGGCAAAAGGAAGCCCCAAGAAAGGGAAGCCUCGCAAGGAGGUCAUCAAGGACCACGGCGACCCUGCGCCAAAGCUUCGAGAGGCAGUUGAUGAGAAGGACCAGCCAGACUUGAAGGUCAUUGACGAGAAGGAGGAGUCUUUGCAGGAGUUGGAGCCGAAGGCACUGGAUGUGGACAUGGAGCAAAAGUCCUUGACCACCCGGUCUCGCGAUUUCACAAAGGCCAUGGGACGAUCUUCUUCUGAACCAAUCACUCCAAAGCGUCCUGACAAGGAGCAGGCUUUACUCCGUCAACAGGGUGUCGUCCCAUUGCCUCGGCCUGAUCAAGUUGCGGAGCGUGUCGUCUACGUGGAGCGCACGCAGAUUCCGCACAAGGCGGUGGCCAUCCAGACCGAAGAGGCACCUCCCUCGCAACUGCUGCAGCCGCUGCUGUCUGGUCCAGCGGUGCCUUCAAGCAAGCCCAAAGUGCGCAGAAAGCAAAAGGAAGAGAUCAAGGAAAUUCCGAUACAGUACCAAGACUGUAGCUGUGGGAGAAUCAUUUUCAGCAACUCGAUGAAGUUUAUCUUGGCUUGUGCUUUGCUCGUUGCAGCGAUGUGGUGCGCUGAAAACUACGACGAGGUGGUGAAGUUCUUCAAUGGCCCGUUCCGAAAGCAGGAGCCUGCGGCAACCGCGCGUGCAGGUUCAAAGAAGGACCACAAGAAGGACCAGAAAUCUACGGAGUCGAAGGAGUCAAAGCACUCGUCGCGUCCACAUCAUGAAGAGAAGCCGGAAUCUCACUCCCAUGGAGGAACUGGACGACAAGGUGAGGAAGGCAGGAUGCACCCAACUCCGCGACCGAUGACGGAUUUGCAGCUUGCCAAGGAAGAGCUUAAGAUGGAACUGAAGAAACUCGAGCGCUUGGACCAGGAAAUCGAACCCUCAACCUUCAACUCUAGAAAUCUCAUGAAAACUCUAAGGAGCAAGCACAGACAGCAAGAGUUGGUGAACUGGCUCGAUUGUCGCAGAAAGAGAACGAACACCAAGCAGCACAGUCCCAAAACAAGACACUUGGAAGCAUUCCAUUGGCGGCAAGUCUCCAAAAAGAGAAAAUUCGUUGCCGAUGGUGUCUUCAAUGCUGAACUCAACGAAUUCUUGGCUCGCACUUUGGGAGAAGACGGCUAUGCCGGAGUGGAAGUGCGCGUGACGCCCAUUCGAACUGAGAUCAUCAUCCGUGCAACCAGGACCCGCGAGGUUCUUGGCGAGAAGGGCCGUCGAAUUCGGGAGCUGACAGCUCUCGUCCAAAAGCGUUUUGGUUUUCCAGAGAACAGUGUCGAGCUCUUUGCCGAGCGGGUGGAGAAUCGUGCCAGCUGCGCCAUGGCUCAGUGCGAGUCUCUUCGCUUCAAACUCAUUGGUGGCCUGGCCGUCCGCCGUGCCUGCUACGGUGUUCUCAGAUUCAUCAUGGAGAACGGUGCCAAGGGUGUGGAGGUCAUCAUCAGCGGCAAGUUGCGUGCGCAGCGUGCCAAGGCAAUGAAGUUUAGACAGGGCUAUUUGAUCUCCACUGGAGAGCCGAAGAGGCACUACAUCUCGGAGGCUGUUCGACACGUGCAGAUGCGACAGGGAACCAUCGGCAUCAAGGUUAAGAUCAUGAUGUCGCACGAUCCUGAAGGCAAGAUGGGACCAAAGAUGCAGUUGCCUGACAACGUGGUUGUCCAUGAGCCAAAGGAAGAGGCGGUGCCAAUGAUGCCACCCCCAGAGCAAGAGGAGCAGCAGUAUGGCGGCGGCUACAACCAGGGCUACAAUCAGGGAUACAACAACCAGGGCUACAACCAAGGCUACAACCAGGGCUACCAACAACAGGAGGGUUACUGA